AUAAACGGACUUGAAAAACACAUCAUUUUCUGCUAAUUUUUUCUCUAAGAGAAUGCGCUCCAAAGACAGAAUUGCCUAUUUCUAUGAUGUGUUUUUUUUAUAACGAAUUUAUGAAGAUUUAUAAAGAUGGGUUUUUGUUGAUAUAGGUGAUGUGGGCAGUGUUUAUUUUGGACCAAACCAUCCAAUGAAGCCACACAGACUUUGUAUGACACACCAUCUUGUUCUCUCUUAUGAGCUACACAAGAAGAUGGAAAUUUAUAGACCACACAAGGCAUAUCCUGUUGAGCUUGCUCAGUUUCAUUCCGAGGAUUAUGUUGAAUUUUUGCAUCGGAUUACGCCAGAUACUCAGCACUUGUUCGCGGGGGAAUUGGCUAGAUAUAACCUUGGAGAAGAUUGCCCUGUCUUCGAAAACUUGUUUGAAUUUUGUCAGAUUUAUGCUGGUGGAACUAUAGAUGCUGCACAUAGGUUGAACAAUCAACUGUGUGACAUUGCUAUAAAUUGGGCCGGUGGAUUACAUCAUGCAAAAAAGUGCGGGGCAUCUGGUUUUUGUUACAUCAAUGACCUGGUUUUGGGGAUUUUGGAGCUUUUGAAACACCAUGCUCGUGUUCUGUACAUUGAUAUAGAUGUUCAUCAUGGUGAUGGUGUUGAAGAAGCCUUUUAUUUCACUGACAGGGUGAUGACUGUGAGUUUUCACAAGUACGGAGAUAUGUUCUUUCCUGGAACUGGUGAUGUUAAGGAACUAGGAGAAAGAGAAGGAAAAUUUUAUGCUAUAAAUGUACCACUGAAAGAUGGAAUCGAUGACACAAGCUUCACUCGACUAUUUAAAACAAUCAUUUCCAAGGUUGUAGAAACUUAUCAGCCAGGUGCAAUAGUUCUUCAAUGUGGAGCAGAUUCGUUGGCUGGUGACCGCUUGGGCUGCUUCAAUCUUUCCAUUGAUGGGCAUGCAGAAUGUGUUAGGUUUGUGAAGAAAUUCAACUUGCCCUUGUUGGUUACAGGAGGUGGGGGAUACACAAAAGAGAAUGUUGCUCGAUGUUGGACCGUUGAAACAGGAGUUCUUUUAGACACAGAACUGCCCAAUGAGAUUCCAGAAAACGAGUAUAUUAAAUACUUUGCUCCUGAUUAUUCAUUGAAAAGUCCUGGUGGACUCGUGGUAUGUAACUGCACUGAAACUCCCUGUGAUUUCUGCAUUCUUGCAGCCUUCCUAAUAUUUCUUCUGCUUUUUUGUUUGAGUGAGCAGGAGAACUUAAAUAGCAAAUCUUAUCUUAGCACAAUCAAAAUGCAAGUACUAGACAAUCUCCGUUGCAUCCAACAUGCUCCAAGUGUACAGAUGCAGGAGGUACCUCCUGACUUCUAUAUUCCUGAUUUUGAUGAAGAUGAGCAAAACCCCGAUGAGCGCAUGGAUCAGCAUACGCAGGACAAGCAAAUCCAACGCGACGAUGAAUAUUAUGAAGGCGACAAUGAUAAUGACCACGCGGAUGGCUCAUGAACUUGAGCCAUGCCAUUUUUUGUUUCCUUGGGAAGAUGAACUUUUGACAGGAAAGGGAAGACGGAAAGAUGUAAAGGGAAGGCCACAUGGAUGGUCUUGUUGUCUGUGCUGUUAUGAAUUAUUUGUAAAUUAUUGUUGCUCAUUUGUAAAACUUCUCUGUGCAUUCGCCCAAGUCAAAAGCCAGUGAUUUCCUUGGGAUAAAUUGGGGCACUCAUGUAGCACUCAGUCCUCAAACACUCCAAUUGAACUCCUCGAAGUCCAUGCGAGGAAUAUACUUAACAUCAUUUGAAAAAGUUAUAGUUUCUGUU